UCCUACCUGGUUCUCCACAUCUUGCUUUGCUUUGAUGAAAGCUUUGGAACAAAGGUUGAGGGGUCGGAAGGUGUGUCAGUGCGUCCUGCAGGCGUUCAUUGGUUGGGACGACGACGCAGCUGAAGACGGUGCGCUGGUCAGUCGCGAACGGACAGGCUGCACGCGAAGUCUCGCGAGAUCUGACGUCAGCUUGUGCAGCUCACGCGCCUCGCGGAGUGCAUGGUGGGAGGCCUAUCGGUGGUGACAAGAAUCACUCGGAAAUCUUGGAGUUUCGGCGACCGACGUAAACUAACUCCGCUUACAAAAGAGCGAAGACAUCGUCGGGUUGUGUGCUCAUCGGCUUCUGAAGAUUGGAGGAAGAAAAUGUCUACGUCUACGUAAGGUCAUGGAACUAUGAUGGGAUGCCGCAAAGAUGACCUCACCAGAACGCCGAGCCUGCAGCGCAAGCGACCCCUGUCGGCUGUCAUCGAGGAGCACGAAGUCGAUGACGAGGGUCUCAAGGAGGAGAAAGACAAUGAUCGCAAUAACAACCAUGUCGACGACAAGCCCGAGCUCGAGGCGACCAACUCGUCUUCGGUGAGUCGCUCUUCCAGCACCCUCAGCCUCACCAGCUCCGUGAGAGAAAAUGGCGUCACAGAAAGACCUGACGGUCCAGACGUCCCUCUCGAGGUCGCAGGACAAUCUGUGGGUAGCACGCCGUCCACCGGCAGCAGCCCCAAGCUACCCCGACGAGGUUGGCUGGGACGGAAGUCGGCCCUCAUUCCGAGUACGAGCCCUUUGCUUGGCCGCAGAGUUAUCCCGGGGUCGCCGCUGCUGACGACCUCUGAUCUUGGUGACAUCGAGGACGAUGGCAUGCCCUCGGACUUGACACGGUUGAAGCAGACGGCCGAGCGACUGUGCCUGAGCACCAGACGACCUAGUGUCAUGCAGUGGCGUGCCCAGUACGUGGACGGUCCGGACUUUCCGGUUGAUCUCAACGUCGUCAACGGGAAGCUGGACUUUCAAGGUGCUGCCGACGAAGCGUGGACUCCGGAACGAAAGCAAAGAAUCAACUCGGCCUUGGAGUGGCUGCGACAUGAACUGGCGGAGAUGCGAACGCAGGACCAGACGCUCGCACGACAGUUGCUGACAAUUCGAAGCGACAUCCACCAACUGAAGCUUGCUCGGAGCUGUGAGCAACAUCAGGAUAUGUUGGACGAUGUGCAGUCGGAAAUGGAGGAGCUCGAGGAAUUUUCUGAUGUGCUUGACCUUCCUACCCACUGCCUCAACGACAGUCCGCUGAAGCAUUUAGGUGUCACCAGGAUGAACCUGAGCGCCAGGAGAUUUUCCACGUGUUAAAGACCUCUGUCCUACGUCCUUUCUGGUUACCUCCCACACACGAGUUCCCUCCCUUCCCCAGUCUAAAGUAUCAGUGGGUCGAGAACAUGAACCUGUCAUAGGAUUCUCGACUUAGUAAAGACCGACCUAAUAUCUUGUGACGAUUCUACAGGUGACUUGUUUAAGUGCGUCUGUUGCAGGAGAGAUAAAACUUUUCCACACGAGAUCUUUUAUUUCUCUUUCGUGAUUAACAAAUAAAUACAUAAGCCUGACAUAUGCAAAACUGUCACGUGUGAUGACAACUCAGCGUCUCCUUUGCAUAACAAUGAUCAUAGGACUGACUGCUUAUAGAUGACCAUAGGACUGUCUGAUGACUGGCGGUCGAGUAUAGAAGAUCGGCAGUCCAAAGGGUACAUGAAUUAGAUGCUACCUGGACGUUAAACAGAAACUGACAAAAAAAAAAAGCAGAUAACUUGUGUCAGUGUUAGGGAAUCUGGACAUUCGACUGUAGAAAACAAAAAUCGCCUGCUUGAAGUUUCACAUAAAGGCAGAGAAGUUGUAACAUGUAACAGCAAACUUUGAAGUUCCCUGCACUAGCAAGCUCUGUGUGCAGCAAAGUGUGGGUGGCUGACGCAAGAGAAAUGGAUACCUGGUAAAAUAAAUCAACAGCUGUUGACACGAAGACAAAUAACACACGGAAAUAGCAGAUUUUAUCUGGGCUAGAUAAACACCACGCUUGAUCCCUCACAUUUCAACUUUCAUGAUAAAGCUCUUGCACGCAGUGCAGAAUGUGUGAUGUUUUCACAGAUGGCACGCUGUUUGUACCUUACUUCAUUCCAACUGUUGUCUCUUCAUCACUGAUUUCUGCAAUUAUUUAAAGUGAACAGUGGUUAAAAUUAUUUCGUAUUGCACGUAACUUUCGGUAUUAUCUCCCCUACGUUCUCAGCAACUUCAAUCGCACAUUGAAUAUAUUCAGACAUGUUGGGAAAGUACCAAGGAGGACAACGAUUUUCGUGGUGCAUUAAGUCAGCUUUUCUUGCAAGAGAGACAUGAUGAAAUGGACCCUGUUCUACACUUGUUCACGCAAUAUCACCAUUCUUUUUACAUUUCAUGUUAUGUGUUGUCAUGUUUAGUUAACGAUGGUGUCCCUUUGCGACUACGGGAGCCGGAAAGUGUUACAACGUGACGACGUGAAGGUGUUGUACACAUGAUACUGAGAUAUUGCGACACUCCGGGCUCCACCCUUUUCUGGAAGAGCGGGAUGGGCUUAAUCAAAAACAAUUUAAUCAAACAGACAAACGAGAAUCGCUCGUUCCUUGCGUCAAAAAUCAAGCGUUGGCAUUUAGCCUUUUAAAGAGAGAGAGAGAUUGUAUGUCAUCUUUACUGACUUUUAAGUGAUUGAUAAAGAUGUCUUCUGGUUAGGCCUUGAUACAUGCAUUUUGCUUCUUUGUACCUUUGACCUCUGUGUGUCCCUUGUCUCUGCCACCCUGGCCGCCUAUAUGUCUUUUUGUAUGUGUCUAUGUGUCGGGGAGAUAGUGGUAGAAGGGAAAGAAAAUUCCGUUUUAUCUUCUCAUCACAAUGUCAGCAUUAUCUUCAUACGCGAUACUUUGUUAUGAAUUGUUACCUUCUGGGUGAUGUCGAGCUAAAAAUUGUUUAAGCCUUUAAAUUUGCCCUUCCUUCUAAUUUCUCUAGGCAUUGAGUUUCAGUCAUCUCGGCUAGGUCAGCCCGAUCCAAACAUAUUUCUGAUUCUCUGAUGUAAGAUGCAUCAAGUCAUUGAAGAUAAGCUGCCCAUCGAGCAAUGACUCCAAGCUAUACCUGUGCUCUAACGUGCAGGUCUCAGUAGCAACUGCGCACAUACCACACUUGCAUCAAAAUGACCUGACAACACUGUGAUAGAAUGAGCAAUGUUUUAUUAGUACCUGUCGAGCGAAUAUGUCACUUCUGCAUGCUUAUACUGGCAAGGCCAUCAUUAGGAUCACCUUUUUUUCCAUUAGUCCCCACAUCGACGCGGUGAAAUGUUGUUUCAAAGUAUACGUGCAUGUUAUAGCUUAGUUGGAACAGUUGUGUUAUUCAGCAGCAAGGACAACAUUUCAACAAACGACUGGCAGUGUUUAAGAAUUCGAAUUUGGGAAUUCAGCUUUAAGAGGACAAUAAAUUUUAAGAUUAUGUACAUGAACUGGUAGACUGCAGCAGUGAACAAACAACACGAAAAAAAAAAUAUUCCCAAUUGCAAAGAAAUACAUCUAAAAUGUGCGUUUUAUUCCAUUUUCUGAAACUGUAUUAUUUACAUUACAUUAAGAUAAAUCCUUCUUACGACAGACUCUCCUAUCUAAGACUAUUGCGCGCUGUACUAAAACUGGAGGAAGCCACCACGCACCCUCCUGAUUGCUCGUAAUAUUAAAAAAAGGGGGGAUGGCACAUUAAACGGUUGACAUCUACCUCCUUAGUUUUGAAAUCAAACAAAUAAAGUUGUUCAAAAGUCAACAUGGGAAGUUCAUGAACAGUACGUAAACACAGUGGCAGGAGGUUACAAAUAAUGAAACGCCUUACGAGCACCGGCAUGGCUGUGAGUAGGAUUCACACAGAGCCAGCCAGGGUCUAUCCAUUAGUAUCACCUUUAGCAGACGUGACGAAAUGUAAUUAGUUCUAGAAUAACCAUGUCGUAAAAACUCCCUUCUUUUGUCAGCUAUUUAGUUUCUCGGGCAAAACAUGUCGUGUGGUGGAUGAACUGUUUGCGUCCUCACAAAGCAUACACUUACGAUAAAUUAUAAUUACCAGUCGUUCUGAAACGGAUAGAAAUCGAGUCCUUGCUCCUUUGAUUCAAACAAUGACAUAUAGUGUAUCCUAACUGUGUCUUUAUGCUCAAAUAAGCUCUCUGCUUUUAGACGUUGAUGGUUACAGUAGUUGAUCUGUACGUGCACACACACACACAUGCACGUGCAACACACAACCUCUCUAUCUCUCGUGUCAUCUUCUUUGGACGGCGUUUGUAAUUUGUUUCAAUUACUUUUUAUUUCUUAAGAUGACACCAUUUUGUUUGGUUUGAUUUUUUUAUUUUUUUUUUUUGACACAUUUGCUUUCAUGCUUAACUUUAAAUAGCUUAGUUUUACUUAGCUUUUUAUACCACCUGCUUUUAUUUUCAAACGUAACUUAUACAUUAAAGUAUUCACUUAAAACCAGGCCACCCUCUUCGCAGUUAAAAUGGCUUAUUUAAAAUAAUUACUUUCAAUGAUUAUCAUAUUCAGGCGACGCGCAUUCGAUGUGCAGGUCAGCUGCUGAACCUGGAAUCAUCAACGUUCAAAAUGCAUUUACAACUGUAAAACAAAUAUACAGCAUGCUCUAUAAAAUUAGCUUUUGCUUUGUGUAAUUUAAAAAAAAAUGUUUCAUCUUAGUUUUUAAUAACAAAACCAGAUAUUUCAAUGUAAUUUAUUAUUUGUGAUUCUGAGGUCAGAUGUGCGGGUAUUGUUUGUUUGAGAUGAAUAUAGCUUUUGUGUACAAGUCAUUCACAUUAUUUUCAGAAAAGACCCCCUCCCCUAUAAAUAAAAAAAUACAGCUACAAAGAA